AAUUCUUAGAAACGUCACCAGCCAAUCUCAACUUAGAGGAUAUAGAAGAUCUCUUCUCUUUGGCACAAUAUUACUGUAGCAAAACUCCAGCUUCCUUCAGGAAGGACAACCACAGUCUUUUUGGCAGCAGCUUGCUGGGUCUCAAAGAUGAUGAUACAGAUUUGAGCCAGGCUCUCUGUCUAGCAGUUUCUGUGUCUGAGAUUCUUCAAGCAAAUCAGCAACAAGGAGAAGGAGUGAGAUUCUUUGUAGUGGAUUGCAGACCUGCAGAGCAAUACAAUGCUGGGCAUUUAUCAACAGCAUUUCAUUUAGACUCAGAUUUGAUGCUUCAGAACCCAUCAGAAUUUGCACAGUCUGUAAAAUCUCUGUUAGAAGCACAAAAACAGUCUAUUGAGUCUGGCUCCAUAGCUGGUGGGGAACAUCUCUGCUUCAUGGGAAGUGGCAGGGAAGAAGAAGAUAUGUAUAUGAAUAUGGUGCUAGCACACUUCUUACAGAAAAAUAAGGAGUAUGUAAGCAUUGCCAAAGGAGGAUUUAUGGCCCUCCAGCAGCACUUAGCAGAUAUCAAUGUGGAAGGACCAGAAAAUGGAUAUGGCCACUGGAUUGCUAGUACCUCAGGCUCAAGAACCAGCAUAAACUCCUCUGUUGAUGGUGAUUCUCCCAAUGGUUCCAGUGAUGGAAAAGGAGUAAAAUCCCUGGUCAAUAAAAUGACGGUUGCUUUGAAGACUAGAUCUGUGAAUGUGAAAGAAAAAGUUAUUAGUUUUAUUGAAAACACAUCUACUCCAGUGGACAGAAUUCCUUUCAAUAUUCCCUGGCCAGACAGAGCAAGCCUGGAGCGACAUGUCAGCAGCAGUGACAGAGUGGGAAAACCCUACCGUGGUGUGAAACCAGUGUUCAGCAUUGGAGAUGAAGAAGAGUAUGAUACUGAUGAAAUUGAUAGCUCCUCAAUGUCAGAUGAUGAUCGAAAAGAGGUGGUCAACAUCCAAACAUGGAUAAAUAAACCUGAUGUGAAGUAUAACUUCCCCUGUAGUGAAGUAAAAGAAAAUGGACACGUGUUUCCCAGUCACCUCCUAGUAACAGCAACUCACAUGUACUGUUUGAGAGAGAUUCCAUCACGGAAGGGACUGGCUUACAUACAGUCCCGACAGGCACUCAACUCUGUGGUGAAAAUCACAUCCAAGAAGAAACACCCAGAACUCAUCACCUUUAAAUAUGGAAAUAGCAAUACUUCAGGCAUAGAAAUUUUGGCAGUUGAAAGGUAUUUGAUUCCAAAUGCAGGUGAUGCUACCAAAGCUAUAAAACAACAGAUCAUGAAAGUAUUGGAUGCCUUGGAGAGUUAAUAACUAAAGACUUUGUAGAGGACAGUUUAUAAAGAAGAAGCAGCCAAGAUACUGUAUGUGGACACAAGCUGUUUCCCAACUGAAUACUAACUGAAGAGAAUUUUUCUGGUUUCUGAUGGGAGUGCCUGAGUAGCAGGCUUAAGAUGGGGUAAAUUAUUAUCAAUUUCUGAACAGGAUUUUAAGUUUUUCUUAUUGUUACUAUUUUUUUGUUAGUGUUUUGAAGAAAUGUUUAUUAUAGAGGUCAGUUUGUUU